AUGAAUGAUUCUUGCUCUUCUGUUGAUUCUGCUUUUCGGAGAAAAGUUUGGGGUAUUGAUUGUUUGCCGAAAAUUAAGUUCUUUUUGUGGAAAAUUUUUACGCAUAUGCUUCCGGUUAACUCUUUACUUCAUAUUUAUAACCCGAAUGUGGAUGUGACAUGUCCUCUUUGUCAUUCUCAUGAAGAAACUGUUAUGCAUUUGUUUAUUAACUGCCAUGUUGUCUCUCAUAUUUGGUUUGGGCUUUCUUUACAACACCUUACUUUGAUUGAUUUGGAGUGGAUUGAUGAUAUUUUUCUAUAUUGGCAUGAUUCUGCUCUUGGAAUUUCUCCCUUUAAAGUUUCUUGGCCUAGUGUUGGUGUUGUUGUUAUGUGGUGUGUUUGGAAGUUGAGGUGUGAUGUUCUCUUCAGAAAUGUCUCCAUUGAUUUGGAAAGGGUCAUUAUGGAUAUCAAGAGAAUGAUUAGUUCCUAUAUCACUCCUCAGUUACGCUCUUCUGGUAUUAGUCGUGAUGUUAAGAUCCCAAUUUCUGAAGUGGAUCAUUUUAUGUUUGUUGAUGGAUCGUAUAAAGAUUUUAAAAUGGGUGUUGGUGUUAUCUGGUGUGAUGUAGCAGGAAAUGUAAGAAGUUCACGCUCGGAUUUUGGGUUGAUUCCAGAUGUAGUAGGUGCUGAAGUUUCUGCUCUAAUUUUGGCGAUCUCUUGGGCAGAAGAGAUGAAUCUUCCCAAAGUUGUUUUUGUUAGUGAUUGUCUCCAACUGGUGAAUUUUGUGAAUGGAGACAGUUCUAAUGUGGAGUGGAGAAGUGUGGAUCUUCUUGAACAUUGUCAGAGUUUACUUUCCAGUUCUUUGUCUUUUAAAAUUAUGUAUAUUAAGCAGGAAGGACAACUUGAAUGUUGUCUAUAA